CCCAGGAGGGAACAAGAAGUAAAGAGCCGUGCGGUUCUGGGACGGUGGGCAAAGAGAGAAGAAGAGGGCCCCGGGUGGGGCGUGAGAAGGAUGCGAGGCGAGGAAGGUCACGCGGCGCCCUGCACCUCGGCGGCGCCGGGUCCAAUGGGAAGAGCGCGCGAGCCGCACCUCAACCUGCCCGAGGACGUCACGACGCCGAGGAGGACGCCGGGCCAAUGGGAGGCCGUCCCCGGCGGGGGCGGGGCCCGGAGGAGUUGGGCCGGGCGGCGCUGAGGCAGUUGGCGGAGGCUUGUGGCCGCCGCGGGCGAGGGGAGGGCGAUUCCCGGCUGCGGACGCCGGCCUGCUCUGCGCCUCCCGUCCGCCCUGGCCACUUCCCGCAUGCUGCAGGCUCCUCCCUGAGAGGCGGCGGCGGCGGCGAGGCCUGGGGGACGCGCCCGGGGACGGCUCGGGGUCGAGGCUUCCAGUCGCCCGCACUUCCUCCCGAGGCGCCCGAGCGCGGCCGUCUCGACGUGCGGGAUGGCGGCGGCCCGGGGGAGCGGCCGCGCAUCCGCGUCCCGGCUGCUCCUGCUUCUGCUGGUCCCGCUGCUGUGGACCCUGGCCGGGGUCCGGGCCGUACCCGAGGAAGAGCUCAGCCACCGGAACAAGGAACCGCCGGCGCCUGCCCAGCAGCUGCCGCAGCAGUCCGCUGCCGUGCAGGGCCCCGAGCCGGCGCGGGCCGGGGAGCAGCUCAAUACAUAACAAGAACUAAAGGAUUUACACCAGCUGCUCCAGUUCUUACCAAUAAAGAAGAUCCAGCCACCCAGACUAAUUUGGGAUUUAUCCAUGCAUUUGUGGCUGCUAUAUCAGUUAUCAUUGUGUCUGAACUGGGUGAUAAGACAUUCUUUAUAGCGGCCAUCAUGGCGAUGCGCUAUAACCGCUUGACUGUGCUGGCUGGUGCUAUGCUUGCCUUGGGCCUGAUGACGUGCUUAUCAGUUUUGUUUGGCUAUGCCACCACAGUCAUCCCCAGGGUGUAUACAUACUAUGUUUCAACUGCAUUAUUUGCCAUUUUUGGCAUUAGAAUGCUUCGGGAAGGCUUAAAGAUGAGUCCAGAUGAAGGUCAAGAGGAACUAGAAGAAGUUCAAGCAGAAUUAAAGAAAAAAGAUGAAGAAUUUCAACGAACCAAACUCUUAAAUGGACCAGGAGAUGUUGAAACGGGUACAAGCACAACAAUACCUCAGAAAAAGUGGCUGCAUUUUAUUUCACCCAUCUUUGUUCAGGCUCUUACGUUAACAUUCUUAGCAGAAUGGGGUGAUCGCUCUCAACUAACUACAAUUGUUUUGGCGGCUAGAGAGGACCCCUAUGGUGUAGCUGUGGGUGGAACAGUGGGACACUGUCUCUGCACUGGACUGGCAGUAAUUGGAGGAAGAAUGAUAGCACAAAAAAUCUCUGUCAGAACUGUGACAAUCAUAGGAGGCAUCGUAUUUUUGGCAUUUGCAUUUUCUGCACUAUUUAUAAGUCCCGAUGCUGGUUUUUAACAUGCUAUUGUUCAUUUGUAUUUAGUUUAAGAUAGGUGAACGAUGUACAUAGUGUAUAUUAUAACUAAAAGUGAUGGAAAAUACUGUAUUUUGUAGCACUGAUUUGUGAGUUUGACCCAUUUAAUGAAGUAUUAUGUCCAAAAGAAAUAAUCACUGAUUCUGUUUGCAAAGUGGAUUUUUAAAAGAAACCUAAGUGUGGAUUUUUUUCUUUUCUCCAGCAUAAUUAUGUUAAUAAUGUCUCCGUUUUUAAAGGGCUUUUUGUUUGUUCUUUUGGCCGGGGGCAAGGUGAGGGUAGCAUAUAGAAAACCAUUGUUGGGGAGGGGGGUCUGCCACUUAAUUUUCUUUCAGCAUUGACGCCUUUGUAAGGAAUAUGAAUUUUGUCCUGGAUAACUGAGGUGUUUUAAGAUGUUUACCUUAAAAAUUUUCCUGGGGGAAAGAAUGAAUUAACUUCUAUCUUUUAAAACAUUUUCCUGAGUAAGCAGUAGUUUAAUCAGAAGUCUUUUCAAAAUUAGGUUUUUUGUGGGGUUUUUUUUGUUUGUUUGUUUUUAGAGCAAGAGAAAUGUAUUACUGUUAAUAACAUGACAAGAAUUGUUUGCCAGGUCCAUUCUUCCUCUUUUUUCAAUUGGGUAGGAAACCCAAUAUAAUAACAGUCAAUAUUUGACCAUGUGGAAUUACCAAAUUAAUAGAGAAUACUGUGAGCGUAUUCAUAUUUUUUUCUAUACUGAAUAAACGAUGUUACAUAGAUACAACAUAAAUAAAAGUGGUAUGACCCGUG